UUUCUCUGAUAGUCUGCGCAUCUCUCAUCCUCGUUUCAGUCCCUGCGGUUUAAGGCUCAGCUUCGUCGUUUAUCUCUGACAUUUGCGUUCUUUAAAAUUUUAAAAUCGACACUGCAACAAACAGCAACAUCGAAUAAUAAAAAUAGAGCGUUGCUUUUCAUGAACAUUUCGUGAAAUAGCCGAAUUAAAUCCACCUGCGACACAAUCCAAAACGUGGAGACUGCGGUUUUUUUUGUUUGUUUUUUUGUUUUGUCUUUCUUGCUUCUUGAUAGAAAAAAAUAUAUAAAUAAACAAACAUGAAAACCAAAUUUAUCAACGGGGUUUCGUCUUCCCCUUCUAUGUCGCUGGGCCUCCUGGUGACUGCGAACGCUCUGCAUGUCCAGCCCGACACCCAGGAGGACUCCAGGGAGCUUGUCCGCCCCGAACAGCCGGACCUGGAGACCCGUCGCAAGGCUUAUUUGUGGUGCAGGGAGUUUCUGCACGGAGCCUGGAAAGGACUGGCCGAGGAGGACUUCGAGAUCACCAUCAUAAGAGGGGGGCUGAGCAAAAAGCUCUUUUUGGGCAGCCCCCCCGACUCCCUAGGUUCGGUCGGGGACGAGCCGAGGAGCGUCCUGCUGCGCCUCUAUGGGGCCAUCCUGCAGAUGUCCUGUAAUAAAGGGGACUCCCGACAGUCAAACAAAGAGAAUCACUUCCAAGGAGCAGAGGCCAUGGUUCUGGAGAGCGUGAUGUUCGCCAUCCUGGCUGAGAGGGAGCUGGGUCCGAAACUCUACGGCAUUUUCCCUCAGGGUCGCCUGGAGCAGUAUGUCCCCAGCCGUAAACUGGACACCUGUGAGCUAAGUGACCCCAGCAUCUCCGCUGAGGUGGCCCAGAAGAUGGCCAGGUUCCACGGGAUGAGGAUGCCCUUCAACAAGGAGCCAAAGUGGCUGUUUGGGACCAUGGAGAAGUACCUGAGCCAAGUCAUGAGGCUGAACUUCACCAGAGAGUCCCAUCUGCGCCGCUUCAACAGCAUGCUCGCCUACAACCUGCCGCAGGAGAUGGAAACGCUAAAGUUGCUGCUGGAGUCCACACACUCCUCUGUGGUGUUCUGCCACAAUGACUGCCAAGAAGGAAACAUCCUGCUCCUGAAGGGCCGCCACAGCUCAGACAAACAGAAACUGAUGCUGAUUGACUUUGAAUACAGCAGCUACAACUACAGAGGCUUUGACAUCGGCAACCAUUUCUGCGAGUGGAUGUAUGACUACACCUGCGAAGAGUUUCCCUUCUUCAAAGUUGAUACCCAGAACUACCCUUCAAAGGCCCAGCAGCUUCACUUCAUCGAGAGCUACCUGCGCGAGUCUGACCAGGGCUUUGACAACCUGAGCGAAGAGCACCAGAUGAAGCUGAAAGAGGAGCUGUAUGUGGAGGUCAACAGGUUCUCACUUGCAUCUCACUUCUUUUGGGGCUUGUGGUCCAUCAUCCAAGCGAGACUCUCAACCAUCGAGUUUGGAUACCUGGAGUACGCCCAGGCCAGGUUUGACGCCUACUUCCAGCAGAAGAUGAUCUGGGCCGCCUAAUGCAGCAGGCGACUGGAUGAUUACACAACACAUUGAGCCAAAAUGUCAGCAAGAGGGCACAAAAAGCUGAAAAAAAGAUUCAAAGAUCCACGCUUUACCUACUCUCCCCAUCUUUAAAGGGGAUUUUGCUGCCUCGUGUUGGUGUUUGGUCGACCAAAGCCAAAACUUAAUCCAGUGGCUAGGCUCUUGAGUUUACACCUCCAAAUCAAACGCAGUUCAAAGUUUACAAUGUAGCUACACAAAGGCCAACCGAAAAAGGAAAGGCACUGACUUCUACUAACCUUCAUUGCCGCUCAGAUGUCCUCUCUGCUUCUGCUGGACCGUACUGCUAGCAUGAUGGAUUUGAGUAGGUGAACGGCAGAUUUGGGGGUACUGCUAGAGCGGAAACGUUAACAUUGCAUCAAUGUGUAUGUAUAGAUCAUUCUCUGAUGGAGAUGCUCUAUGGGAAGGAACCAAAACGCAGACUACUCUGCAUAGUUUUGCUCACCGAGGCAGCCAGUUGCUAACUAUGUGUAUUAUAAUAUAUUAUAUAGAGUUCAAUGUGCCAGUAGCCUGUCUAACUGAUGAUGGGCUGAAGGGGUUGGUGAAAUUAUGACUUGAUUUAGAGAUUUUUCUGUACACUUUUGCUGUGAUUUCCUUUUUUUUUUCUUUUAUUUGGGUGUGUUUGUCAUUGUCAGACCAGAACUUUUUAAAGAUGUGAAUACUUUCCUCCAGAUGAUACUCGAAUGCGCAAAUUCGUCAGGUGUCAGUUUUGCUUAUGCCUGAGUCUUUGUGACAUCCUUACUAAUCGUACUCACAACUGGGCUUUAUAUUUUUUUUAAAGCAGAAGUAUGGAGUGUUUAAAAGUGUUUUACUUUAUUUAAGUGACCAAUAGAUACACAUCUCUGUACAAUUUACUGAGCCAAAUACCCUAGCAUGUUUUUAUGAACAUUGCUGCUAAACGCCACAUUGACAAUUGUAGAGACAGCUUUACAUAGAGCGCUGCUUCUUUCUUUCUAAUAAUGGAUUCUUGGUGAUUGGUCACUCGUGUGUUGACACAAGUGCCUGGUACCACGCUGCCUCUUCAUUGUGCUCUUCAUCCAGAGUAAUGACACUGGCAGUCGAGGCAUCAAAGCUAAUCUGUUUUGCACAAACCCACUAAAGUAAAAGUUGUAAAUAAUUACUGUGUAAAAGAGGUAGUUGACAGAUUUCUACAAUUUAGAGACCUAGGUUAUGUUAAAAAUUCAAGCUUGUAUUAUAAUCUGUGCUUUCAGUCGUGGUGAAAAUUGUACUGCAUUUGGUGACGGAAAUGAAAACAGAAAAGGGCAAACGGUCUCUCAACUAUUGCGCUGUUGAGUAGCAAACAUGGAUCCGAAUGUCGAAACCGGAGAAAUAUAAUCACUGCACUAAAUCGAUAGACUCCAAACACCAAUUAUACAUGUAUUGUAGUUAAAUGCAGUAUUUAGUUUCUUGUGUUUAGUUGUUUUUCAUACCCUCUGUUUAAUCGGCACACUGGGCUUCCCUUUAACGUGGUUCCUACAAUGUUGAAGUUUGUUUCCAUUCUUAAUUUCCGUAUUUUGUUUUUUUUUUAAUGGAUAUAAAAAACGUGAUGUUUUUUUUUUUUUUCAAAUAAUAAUGAAUGGGAUUUCUGUAUUACUCCAUGUUAAAAUGACAUUUUUUUUAUUUUUGAUUUGUCAUAUCAUAUUGUGAAAUUAAUUUUAUAACCAUAAGUAUUUAGCUUUUUAAGUCAUCAAUAUCUGCAGACGUAUUUAAAAAAAAAAAUCAAAAAUGGAAAUUUCUGUUAUUUAUUUAUUUUUUUUGUCCUGGCUUGAGUACAGAAUUUAAACUGGACUGUUUCCUAAACUCAGUCUACUUCAGAUUAAUCAGGAAAAGGGCUGAACAGCUACUUUUUAGUUUUUUAUAAACUGAAUAAAUGUAUCCAAAAAUUCACAAAUUGUGCUUGGUAAAAUCGGAGAAACCCUCACAGCACUUCCCUAUUCAAAGCAGCUUUUUUUAAACCUAUUUGGCCAAAUGAAUAAAAACUAAAAUUUUCCUCAACUUAAAGAUGACUACUUUUUAAAUUGGACUUUUUAAUAAAGGAUAAGGAAAAGCUAAUCAUAACAAAGAUAAUUAGUCUUUCUUGAACGUUGAGACGCACUGUAGCACUGUUGUUUUAUUUAUUCUGUUAUACCUCUAUACUAACACAAAAUAUUCCCUAUGGAAAGUUAGCAGACUCUACUUUUUACAUUUGAACACUUUUACCCACCUUGUGAACAGUUCCUUAUUUGGGACAUGCUGACAGUUGCUAAUGCUAGUCUAAAGUUCAAUGCCAUUAAUCCACCAGGCACGCUGUGAAAAUAAAUACGUCACUUGGUGUAUGCAAGAUUUAAACAUUUACUUAGUCUGUCAUUUUUUGCUUGGUUUCUAAUUUCUGUCCCAUUGUCAGAGAAACUUGGUUAAUCUAAGCUGCGUACAUUUUUGCCUUAUUCGUCUCCUUCAUCUGAUUGUAUGUGAAUACUUUGGUGGGCAUCAUGAAAAAGGCGAGCUAUAUAAAAGCUGCAGUGAUUGUAGUCAAAACCUUUUGAGCACUGUGAAGCAUAACAACAACUGAUCACUACACCGGAAGCUAAAAACUAGAUUCGAACAUCGAUUGUGGCACUUUUGAAACGUUAUAAAAGAAGAAAAAGAAAGGAAAAAACAAAAGCAGGGUUUCUGAACUGUGACUUUGGAGUUAUUUAAAUGUUAGUUGUACUUUUGCUUAUGUAUUUAUAUUUACUUUUUAACGUGUUUCAUAUGUAGAUUUAUUUUUAUUUUGAUAGAUCAUACUUGAUGUCCACCGUCAGAAUGUGCAAGGGGUUGUACUGGACAGAUAUUUAAUUUUCUUUUUCUUUUUUUUUUUUUAAAGUUGCUGGUACAUCUUUACUGUCUGUAUCACUUGUGGGAUUUCCUUUAAGCUAACCCGAAAUAUUAUUUUGUUUUAGACAUUGCCUUUUAUUCCUUUGUUCCUCUUGUAAUGUCAUUGUUUAUUUAAAAGAAAAAAAACAUCUUGAUGAGUAAAACGCUACAUUCCAUUCAUGUUUUAUUUUAUUUUUUUAAAGUGGGAUCACACACACAAUGAACCUUGAGACCCAAAGGUUGGUUUUUAAUGGUUCUCUCAGUCAAACUGUAACUAGACUCUGGUCGCUGAACAAACACACCCACUCUGUAUAUAUUUAAUGUAAUAUUCUCUAACAAAUAACAAGUAGAAAAAAAUAUUCAAAGACAAAUAAUGAAAAACGUUUUACCCUGUCAUCAUUGCUGCUGCACAGUGCUGUGAAAAAGUAUCAUCCCCUUACAGAUUUCUUCUAUUUUUGCUGGUUUUCAUAAAAAAAAAAAAAUUCUUAUCACAUGGAAAAAUAAAAAAGUAGUUGAUUUCAGUUAUUUGUGAAAAAGUACUGGAGUCAACCUAGCGAAGACGGAAUUGCCCCUUACACCAGUGUUUCUCGAUUUGGGUCCUCGGGGACCACUGCCCUGCAUGUUUUAGGUGUUUCCCUUCUUCCACACCUGACUUAAAUAAGUGGGUGAUUAACAGGCUGCAGAAGCACUAGAUAGAAGGAGUGAAGGUCAUGCAAACAUUUAAGUAAGGCGUUCUGGAAGAGAGACACGUCUAAAAUAUGUUAAACCUAACAACUGGUUGUCCCCACCUUUUGCAGAAAUGUUUUAAGUCAGCCAUAUUGCAGAGGUUUCCACCUGAAUGGCUUGUUAAAAGUCAUGCUGCAAUAUUUCAAUGUGAUUCAAGACUUUGACUAAACCACUUCAAAACCUUUUGUAUUUAUCAAUUCCCGCCCCCCCCCCUCCCAAUUGGUUAAUGUUAGUUUAGGGAGCUGUUUUCCCACAAAACAUUUGAAAAUGUCUUCUUUUUAAAAAAGUUUUAUUCAGGCUGUCAUUGUCAAAGUCAGUUCUUCAUCUGAAAACAAAUCAAAAGAAAUCUGCAAGGUGGCAAAUACCUCUUUCGCUGCGCUGCACAUUACGGUGUUCUAUUCUUUGAUGAUGACCACAAAUAUUCUGUGUCUUUACUCACCCUUGUCAUCUAUGCAGCUAUAACUGAAUGCAUAUGUACUCACAGCAACUCGCUCUGUAAUCGGAAACGUUUUUGUUAAACUGCAGCAGCACUGAAAUGACUGUAAAUCUAUGCUUUGCACAAAUAAAACUGAAAAGAUAGAGAA